AUGAGUGCCAUGGGCAGCCAAAGGCUGGCCACCGCGCCAGACCGCCCAAGUCACAGGCGCAACCGAUCUGCGACCGCCAUUAAGUCCAUUCUCACCGGCCUCAAUCACAAGCGCUCGCCCUCCGACGGCACCGCGCUCGCGGUUCCCGAUCCCAAGGACGCCCGCCGGCCCAGGAGCUCUCAGGCUGCAAUGGCCUCGAUGCCCAUGUUGCCGCCCGACCACCCGCACGCGCAGCGCGUUCUCGGCGAAAUCCACAACCAGCCCAGCGCUCCCGCGUCGCCCCGGAAAUCCAAGGACGCUCGCGACGGUAAGAUGCGCAGCCUGCACAAAAAGACGCUGAGCACUGUUUCCCUCCGAUCCCUCGCCAAGGAGAAGGAAAAGUCCAAGGACGCCGCCAAAGAUGACCAAAAGGACUAUUUGCGACCGCACAGCGAAGACAAGAUGAAGAAGCCCAAGUCCUCCACGAGCCUGUCCGCCGUCUUUUCCAAGGCGAAGUCGCCCAAGAAGGCCAGCGCAAACACCAGCAGAGACAAGGAGAACACAACGCCGCCGCACUCAGCCACUUCGCCGAACCACACCCCCAUUUGGGCCGAAUUCUCCACCCAGCGCCCGUCCGACGACUAUCACGAAAUCACCACCACAACGACCAUCCCACUCGCCGUCCAGCGCGACAUUGAGCAUGAGAUUGCUCUGUACACGCCUGCUGAUUACACGCCUACCAAGCAGCGCAACUUUUGCGACGCCGACAAGCCAAGCCUGCAACAGCGCCAAUCCUCAGGUGGCUCCACGCGCCCCAGCUCCCGCCCGAACUCGUGGUAUCUACCGAAGAGUGCGUCGGCCCAUUCGUUCGUCGAGACACUAUCCAGGAAGAGCGAAGAGAAAAAGCAGACCCUUGGCGGCAAGGCGCAGACAUUCGUAGAUAACUGGAAGGCGAGGGGCGAAUCGAGGCGGCCCUCUGCAGAGGAGUCCACACUGCGUGGUACCAACUCCCAGAAGCAUAAAGGAGAGGAUGACAAGAAGCAAAUGGAGUCUGCGCUCGCCUCGAAACGCGGCUCGAAGGUUAUGGCGGCCGUUGCGGCCAUCAACGGCCGUUCCACCCAGCCGGAACCCGAGACUCCCCUCGAUCAAGAGAAAAUCGAUGCUGAGUUUGAGGCUGUGCUGGAUUCUAGGAAUAUCCCCGAAAACCUGCGCUCCAAGAUGCGCAGCCUGAACACCCGCGUCAAGGCCGAUUUCAUCAGCAAAAACAAAAUCGAGGAGCCCAAGUCAGCAGUCGAGCCGUCGCAGCGGACAUCAAUAUGGGGAAAGCCAGCAGUCGGCCGGAGAACGACCUCCGACCAGAGCAGCGAUCGCAUUAUUCCUGAUUCCGAUGAACCGGCAAAGACUCCGAGGCCGCGCAGUAAGACGUUUACGUUCAGUAGAGGCGACAAGGGUGAGAAGCAAAAAUCUGAGAUACCGCCGCCCGACAGGUCCUCGAAGAGCUACGACGGGCAGAAGUCUCCUUCGUCAAAAUCUCUCUCUUCUGCCACCGGAUCUUCGUUUUUCAGCCGCGCUCCUAAAGCAGCUACGCCGGAAGAGUUUGUCGCAUAUCUCAGGAAAGUUCAAAAGCCUGAACUCGUUGAAGUGGGCAAGCUUCAUAAGCUUAGGCUCCUGCUUCGAAAUGAGACCGUUGCUUGGGUGGAUGCUUUCAUUCGCCAAGGUGGCAUGAUGGAAAUUGUCGGCUUGCUCGAACGUAUUAUGCAGAUCGAGUGGCGGGAGGAACAUGAGGACACUCUUCUACAUGAGUCCCUGCUUUGCCUCAAGGGGCUCUGUACCACCAAGAUCGCAUGCCAGAAGCUAUGCGAGAUAGAAUCAACCCUAUUCCCUGCCCUUUUGGCUAUGCUUUUCGACGAAGAACACAAAGGACCCAGUGAAUUCACCACUCGCGGUCUCAUCAUGAGCCUUCUAUUCGCCCAUUUGUCUUCCGUUCUCGAGACACCAGAAGAGCUUCCCGGACGGGCCCGUAUCAUUUUGAAAUACCUUCAAGGACCCCAGAAGCCCGAAGAGGCCCGCCCGGUUCCAUUCAUCCUUGAGAUGCAUCAGCCAAGACCCUACAGGAUUUGGUGCCAGGAAGUCGUCAACGUAACCAAGGAGGUUUUCUGGAUUUUCCUUCACCACUUGAAUGUGAUUCCCCUCGGAUCAGAUACCCUGGAGAACGAUGAGAACAGGCCACCUGUGGACAACCGAAGCUUUGCUCAACAGCACUUCCCUCAGCCGCGCCCGCCAGUUCCUGCCGCUCCUUAUGUUGGAGGCGUGGAGUGGGAUGCGACAAACUACAUUUCCACGCACCUCGACCUCAUGAAUGGCAUUCUUGCGUCUCUCCCCACGGUGGAAGAGCGCAACGACCUGCGCUACGAUCUACGUGCUUCAGGCUUCGAGAAGAUCAUGGGCGGCCAACUGCGCACUUGCAAGGAGAAGUUUUACGGCGCAGUGCACGAUGGCCUUAAGACCUGGGUCAAGGCUGCUGUAGCCGACGGCUGGGAAGUUAAGGAUGUGCGUAUGGGCCUGCGAGAGGACAAGAUCACGUCUCCCAAGAAAACAGGUCCCAGAAAGAAAAAGGAGGCACCGCCCAAGAUCGAGACACCAAAGGUUGAGAUACCCAGUCUUGAUUUUGGUACUGAAAUGGAGAAGAGGCUGAGUCCUGAGAAAAAAGAAAAUGCCGGAGACUUCUGGCUAUGA